GGUCGGGUCGUGUACCUUUUGCCACAAAUGUUUUGCCAGUCAGGCUAAACUGACUGAGAUUUUGCUGCUCCGCAUGACGCGCAUUUCUAUCGAAGAUACUGAAAUAUACAAACUAGUGUAAAAAGUACUUGAGAGAUGAAUCUUUAAAGUUCAGCACUUUUCGAAAUUCGUAUUACUUCGUGUGUGUGCAACAGCGAGAGAAAAAAAUUCCAAAAGAAAAUAAUAAUAAAUAUAGGAAAAACCACCAAGUGUCAACUGAGUGAAGCGUGAAAAAUGUUCCAAGAAUAUAAUCACAGAAAUUUGAAAUAAAUUUCCUAAAAAUAUUUGUAUCUGAAACGAGCGGCAGCCGCAAGGAAAUUAAACGAAAAUUCAAAUAAAAGAUCAAUUAAAGGAGAGAUUUCAAUCCGAGUCGAUCGUCGUGCGAGAGAGUGCGUGCAAAGUGUAUUCCAGCAAUUAUCCCACGUGUUCCGAUCCGGCCGCCAAAAUUAUUACGCACAAUUCCCUGAGCGUGUACGGUGGCGGCGUCAUGUGCGCCUCCCCGUCCACGGCUCCCGGUUUCUUCAAUCCGCGGCCCCAGUCCGGCGCCGAGCUCUCGGCCUUCGAUCUGGGACUCUCCAGGUCGAUGGGGCUGGGCGUGCCGCCGCAUACGCCCUGGCAUGACCCCAAUCUGGGCAGCCACCUCCAUGCCACAUCGGCGGGUCCGGGCGGUUCGCUGGCCGGCACCACAGGCACCAGCACCGGCGGCGGUGGCACCACACCAAGCAGUGUCGCCAGUCAACAGUCGGCGGUGAUCAAGCAGGAUCUGUCCGGCCUGUCCUCAUCCACGGCGAACCACAACCAAAGCUCCCAUCACGGCAUCAAGGAGGAUCUCUCCAGCCUGCCCAGCGCCAACGGAGGCUCCUCGUCGGGCCAUCAUUCGAGUGGCGUGCAGUCGGGCCAUGGCCCGGAUAUGCUGCCCAUCAUCAAGGGCCAGCCCGCCAGCUGUGGAGGAGGAGGUGGCAGUGGGGGAGGAGGAGGCAGCACCACGCCCAGCUCCCAGGCCAACAGUUCGCACUCGCAGAGCAGCAACAGUGGCUCCCAGAUCGACUCCAAGCAGAACAUCGAGUGCGUUGUCUGCGGCGACAAGAGCUCCGGCAAGCACUACGGACAAUUUACCUGUGAAGGCUGCAAAUCAUUCUUCAAACGCUCUGUGCGACGCAAUCUCACCUACUCGUGUCGCGGCAGUCGAAACUGUCCUAUAGAUCAACAUCAUCGCAAUCAAUGUCAAUAUUGCCGAUUGAAAAAGUGUCUCAAAAUGGGCAUGAGACGCGAAGCUGUUCAACGGGGACGCGUACCACCCACACAGCCUGGUCUCGCUGGCAUGCAUGGCCAGUACCAGAUCGCCAAUGGGGAUCCCAUGGGCAUUGCCGGCUUCAAUGGUCACUCGUACCUCAGUUCCUACAUCUCGCUGCUGCUGCGAGCGGAGCCAUAUCCCACGUCCCGGUACGGCCAGUGUAUGCAGCCCAACAACAUUAUGGGCAUCGACAACAUCUGCGAGCUGGCCGCGAGGCUGCUCUUCUCCGCCGUCGAGUGGGCCAAGAACAUACCCUUCUUCCCCGAGCUGCAGGUCACCGACCAGGUGGCAUUGCUCCGCCUCGUCUGGUCGGAGCUGUUUGUGCUGAAUGCCAGCCAGUGCUCGAUGCCACUGCAUGUGGCACCACUGCUGGCGGCGGCGGGUCUGCACGCCUCUCCCAUGGCAGCGGAUCGGGUGGUGGCCUUCAUGGACCACAUACGCAUCUUCCAGGAGCAGGUGGAGAAGCUGAAGGCGCUGCAUGUGGACUCCGCCGAGUACUCCUGCCUCAAGGCGAUCGUUCUCUUCACCACCGGUAAGUUGCUGGACAUCCUCUACAAGGAUGUGCCCGCACUGCUAACGAAAGUUUCAGCACUGCUCGGAAAGUCGUCCGGCUCCACCAACGACGAUAUCCUCAAUGUGGUGCGUGACCAUCUCGAUGAGCUGAAUCGCCAGGAGAUGGAGUCGCAGGCUCCCACCCAGGCGCCCAUCCACUUGGCGGCUUUCAUGAAGAGUGUGGCCGGCGUGGAGGCUGCAGUGCAGCAGGCGGAGCAGCACCAACAGCAGCAGCAGCAGGUGCAGCAUCAGCAGCAACAUCAGCAGUUGCAGGCUGAGAGCAAACCCUCUCCCAUCUGUUCCUCUGCGGCUGUGGUGCCCUCCGCCGGCAGUGCCUUCAGCAGCUGCGCCAAGUCCACUGCCAGUGGCUCCGAGAUGGAUCUCCUGGCCAGUCUCUAUGCCCAGGCGCAGGGUGCGACCUCGAGUGGGGACUCUUCCGGCCACAAUAACAGCAGCGGUCUGGGCGCCUCGCUUCCUACUCAAUCGCAAAGCGGUUCGUCCUCCCUCAACCUAACCGCCUCGCCGCUGAGUACUUCGCUGGCCCCCGUCCCUGCCCCAGUUGCAGCCACCGUCUCCGCAUCCGCACCUUCCUCUCUUUCAAUCCCCACUUCGGUGGCUGUCACCACCUCGGCAGCCUCUUCGCUGGGUGGAACCUAUCAGACGUCGUCCGCUGCUGCGGCGGCUGCUGCCAUGUUCCACUAUCAGACGCCGCCGCGUGCCCCCUUCGGAUCGGCCUUCGAUAUGUUCCAUCACAGCACGCCCUUCGGGGUAGGGGUGGGGGGUAUGGCCCAUGGCCAUGGCAGCGGAUCCUUUGGCAGUCCCACCUAUAGAUAUUCUCCCUAUAGCCUGGCGGGCAGUAGAUGGCAGUUGUAGGCCGUUAGUUGUCGCUAGAAUCUCAUCCCGCCUCAGUCGUAUAGCUCUACCUGUAAAUGUAUCUGUAUCUAUGUCUAUAGCUAGUAUAGCACAUACAUACGUGUAUCUAAAGUUACUUUAGUCGCUAGCUAAGUAUUUAUUGCCUUACACUAAGUCUAAAUUUUAUAGCCGUAAUUCCUAGCCUAGAAUCGUUAUUGCCAAAAACUACGCAUACUCGUACAAAGAAUCGAUGAAAGUUUGGAGUUCAAAUGAAGAAAGAAAAUCCUCAGAAUAUAUAUAAAGCUGUUGCUGUUAAACCAAAAAAUCUAAUCCUGGCUUG